UCCUUUGAUACUAACGCAGGUCACAGUUAGGCUUUCUAUCGACGCCAGAUGAUUAAUAUGAGGUGACCUCCGAUGAGAAGCUAAACAGCCGCUGGAUUGAUUGGUCGGGAAUUACAAUUACCUUUGGAUACCACUAUAUACAAGCUUUUGGGAAACCCGCUUUUUUUGGAUUUUCACACAAGGAUGAUGGAAAAACUGAAAUCCGAGCAAUUUCCGCUCAGCCCGAGCGCGGAGGGAGACGCAUGCGGGAAACAGGAAGGCACGACGGCGGAGACGGGAGAGCAUCACCCCCCAGAGGAGCGCAGGGUCCUCAAUGGCGUCGCCAAGGAAACGGCGCACCACGCCACCGAGCUAAAAAAGGAAGUGGCGGUGAUCGAGCUGUCCAGGAGAGGAGGGAGCGCGGAUAUAAAAGGCAGAGAGCUCAAGGCAGACAUCAGCCAUAAGGUGCAGACCACCGAGCUGUGCAGACCACCGAUUCCACUGCCGCUGCCUCCCAGAGAGCCGCUGAGCGACACUCGAAUGGUGCAGUUGAGUCCGCCCGCUUUCCCUCUCCCGGCUCGAGCGAUGCUCUACAGCAACAUGACCCCACCGCUCGCCACUAUUAACAGUGAUUUUGCUGGAGAAGCGGAUCAGUAUGGGAUGUAUCCCAGCAGUCGAGUGAAACGCAGACCUGUACCUUAUGAGGUUGAAAUCAACGAUG